UGGCUAUCGGAGCAUGAUCUGGACAAAAAUGCAGCGCAGCUCGGUUCAUUCACGGUGUAUCUGUGGCGCUUUGGGAUGAAUAUGGCCGGCCAAGGAAAUUCAUACUCAACUAUCUGCGCCAAAUUGUGUGCUGUUCGGUGGUAUCACCGCUACAAUCUCGGGUAUGACCCGGGUGUGAACGCGAGCCACGCGUUGCUACUCCGCGGCAUCCGGAGGUUCACGAACCCCGAUUCCAAGCAGCAUCCGCUGUCACCCAAGCUUCUACGGCGUGCGAGUACAAUGCUUGACUUCCAGCAACCUCGCAACAUGCUCGCGUGGGGUGGAAUGCUGCUUGCAUACUUCUUUUUACUUCGGAGAUCAGAAUACCUGUUUAUUGGCCGGCGUCACCACGACUAUAUAUUACGACUUGGAGAUAUUUGCUUCUUGGACAAUCAGAAUCAACGCGCGACCCCGCGCAAAGCGACUCGGGUGGGUAUUCGUCUGUGUGGUGCAAAGAAUAAUCAGUUCGGCAGGGAAGAGCUUCGCUACCACCAGAAGUCGGGCGAUAGCGUCCUUUGUCCCGUUCGAGCGGCCCGAUGGAUACUCAAGGCAGCAGCAGUGUUUGGAACUCAUCUGGAUCAACCCGCCUUGACAACAGGCCAA